AUGGACGUUGCGACCAGUCUGUCAGGGAGACGCCGUCAUCAACUCACUGUCGCUCUGCUUUCAAGUCGCCAUUUGCAGACAGCGAUUGCUAGAGCACGUAGCAGUCAUGCUGCUGAGCUCUCGAUGGUGCUGUUCCAACAGCCCGUCUAUUGGGAUAUAAUCAAUGUCAUACUAGACCGCAUUGUAUCUCUGCCGAAGGUUGAAGUCAAGCUUGAGCGAGAAGGCGAAGAUCCGCUGUAUGGAAGACUUCCUAUCGACCAUCUCGGUCUAACGACAUUCUUGCUGAACGCCGCCACACGCGCCAACUGCAAAUGUACAGAGCUUGUUCUCGCAGAUGAAUUCCACAUGUCAAGCUAUGAUCAAGCGGAGGGGCGUGACGCACCGCCACUCCACGCGGUCAUUGAUCACAUCGCUAGGGAUCUACGCGAAUUCUCCUUCGGCGCCAUAUUAACGACUCAGCUUGGACCCGAUGGGCAAGACGCGCUUCGCAGAUUCAGCUUUGUCAAGCCUUUGCUAGCCGAAAGCAAGAGGCUGGAACACCUAUGCCUUAUAGUGCCGGGGGCCGAGGGUCUUUCAGUUACGGAUCAAUUCACGCGACUGGUCCCAAGCCUGUUGGAAAAGGCCUACCUUGAAUCACUCUCAAUUAUUGAGCUUUAG